UCAAGGAUAUAUAAGAGAGAAGGGGAACGCUGCUAGUGGCAUUCACUCGAGUCCGCCUUGGUUUUCACUCGCCUCAACGCAACCCAAAGAAUAAAAAAUGGCCUUCGCUGGUGUCCUCAAUGAUGCUGAUGUCAAAGCCGCUAUUGCCGGCUGCUCAGCUGCCGACUCCUUCGACCACAAGAAGUUCUUCAAGGCAUGCGGCAUGUCCGGCAAGUCCGCUGAUGAGGUCAAGAAGGCCUUCGCCAUCAUUGACCAGGACAACAGUGGCUUCAUUGAGGAGGAGGAGCUCAAGCUGUUCCUGCAGAACUUCUCUGCUGGAGCCAGAGCCCUGACUGACAAGGAGACCAAGACUUUCCUCGCCGCUGGUGACAGUGAUGGUGAUGGCAAGAUCGGAGUCGAUGAGUUUGCUGCCCUCGUAAAGGCAUAAAUUUCCUCGACCAAGAUCCACUUCUUUUCAUGGAACUGCAAACUCCCUGCAAGCUUCAGUAAUCAUCAGCUGACAGAAUAUUUUUUAUACCUUAUUUAUGAGUUGCCUGCGGAAUGUUUCUAAACAAGGAACACAUAUUUUACUGUGAAUGCUACCCAGAUGUGUUAAAUUGUUCUGAAAAAUGACUUGUGCAAACACCAUCUGCACUUUUGAGGAAGAGUGAAAAACCAGGAAUAAAUACUCUUUUGGUGUAAACUCA